AUGCCCCAGCAGCAGCAGCAGCAGCAGCAACACUCCCUCCAACAUCAUUACCCCACACCACUCCUCAACAUCAUGGGUUCUUCAACUCCAAGCGACUCCAACGACGCCGACGGAGAGGCCCCUCUCGAGACCGACCCCUCUAAUCGAUUCCAACGCCUAAGCGACAUCCUUGGCGAGGGCGCCUACAAAAACGUCUAUAGAGCCUUCGACCAGGAGGAAGGUGUCGAAGUAGCCUGGAACCAGCUCCGCAUCGACCACCUUACCAAAAAAGAGGCCCAAAAGAUCCUCUCCGAGAUUGAAAUCCUCCAGUCCAUUCGCAACGACCACAUCAUCAACUUUUACGCAUCCUGGUCAACCAAGGCACCCAAUGGCGGAGAGCGCGUCGUCUUUGUCACCGAGCUCAUGUCAUCAGGAACCCUCAAGCAGUACCUCAAAAAGACACUCAAGGGCACCCUCAAGCCCAAGGUGCUCAAGUCCUGGUGUCGUCAGAUCCUUCAGGGACUCGUCUACCUCCACACCCACAACCCGCCCAUCAUCCACCGCGACCUCAAGUGCGACAACAUCUUUAUCAACGGCAACAACGGACAGCUCAAGAUUGGCGACCUCGGACUCGCUGUCGUCCGCCAUAGGACCCACGUCUCGUCUGUCCUCGGCACUCCCGAGUUCAUGGCCCCGGAGCUCUACGACGAAAAGUACGACGAGAAGGUCGAUAUCUAUGCCUUUGGCAUGUGUGUCACAAAGGAAUAUCCGUACUCCGAGUGCACCAACCAGGCUCAGAUCUACCGUAAGGUCACCAAGGGUAUCAAGCCCGCGUCGCUUGAACACGUUAAGGACCUCGAGACCAGGGAAUUCAUCAACCGCUGUCUCGACCACAAUGACCACACGCGUCCUUCCGCACAAGAGUUGCUCGACUCGGACUUUUUGAAGCCCUGCGCCAAUCUGCCUCUUAUCCCGACAUCAGCCGCAAGUCUCUACAUCCACCUCGGACGCUCCAUGUCUGAGGGCAUCGAGAUGACAGAUAGUCCAAUGUCUACCUCCGCUGGUAACUCUUCCAAUCGCUCCUUUUUUGCAGAGCCUUACCCUCAAACUCACAUGUCGCUGGCGACGUCUCCUACUUCGGCUCUUCUUACUCCAUUGCCCGCUGCGCUCCCAAAGACUCUCCCAUCGCCCGUCAAGAUGGACACUCAACCCAUCGCUAUACCCGCAGCUACAACAGCGUUCACGACCACAACUACAGUCGAUGCCGAUAACAAGACAUACCACAUCCGCUCCAACCUCUUGCCCCAAACGCCGACCUCCACAGAACAAUCAUCAACAGAAGCUACGCAGGUUCAAGGGGCCGACCCGCAGGAGUCAACAUCGAGUCAGUCUCCGAACUCGCAGGAGGACAUGAGCACGGAACCCCCAACUCUGCAUUCACAUGCCAACUCAAAAACUUGCAACAUCCAAGUGGUGCAGUAUGGAGAGGCAAUCGGCGACCAACUGAAUCUCAAGAUGAUUUGCACAUGUCCUGUGGCGGGUCCUCGGGAUGUGAACUUUGCGGCUGGCACGCACGAAAUCAAGUUUCCAUUCGACAUGAGCAUCGAUACAGUCGACGAGGUAGUUGCAGAGAUGAUUCGCGAGCAGAUUCUGUCAGGAGACGACCGCGAGGAGGCCACAUCCAAAAUUCAAGAGUUGAUCGACGACGUCGUCUUGUCGCGAAGAGAGCACAGCCGUCAUAUCAAGGAGAAAUCACGGUCGAGCAGGAGUCCUAUCCCCCACAAACAUGGACAUGGACACGGACACGGACGUUCUGGCGCAGGUCACUCUCGGACGCCCCCCAAUAACUUCAAGAAUGGUCACAACCGCCAGUUGAACGUGCCUUCCGUCUAUGACAUGGACCAGUAUGGAACCUCGCCCACAGAGUCAUUGUACGAUCACUACUCUUCCGUCGGCUCGAACGUAUCAGGCGGCUGGAACGACAACGUCUCGCCUGUUGAAUCAGACCAAGGUUACGGAACUGCUCCUCCUCAACCUUUCCAGCAACCCCCUCUUGUGACCGAGGCAACCUUCCCACCCCUCCAGCACGCACAACCUCCUCGGAGUGUAGGACAAGACGACGUGCAAUAUAAUGGCGAAAGAACCGAUAAAUACCAUCAGGCGACCUAUUCUGAAGCCGUCCAGCAUCCCGUCGUCGGACAGCAUCCUCUCUCGCCUCCUCUUCCCAACCGUGAACUUUCGCCUGCUACCACUUCACGUCCUCAGAGCGUCUAUGUCCCGGAUAAGGCGCCCGCCCCGCAGUUUAGUCAGGAUUCGGCGGCCCUUCAGUUGAACGGUGGCUCCUACAGGGCUACGUUGCGCGAUAUUGAGACAGCAGCAGCAGCAGUCACCAAGAAGGCGAAUAAGGGCGCAGAGGAUGUUGGAUAUACAUCUCCGUAUCGUCACGGAGUGUCCAGCUCCUCCAUCAACUACCACCGUCGCUCGCCGUCCGCUGACACGUCUGUUAUGAUCAGCUCUGCAGCGUCAGCACCAUUGUCAGCCCCCUUGCAUAACAGCCCCUCAGAGCCUCUUAUGAAUUCACCCAGUCCAUUCCAGCCAGUCGGCGACCACCAUCGACCGAGUAUUUCGUCCACGAUUUCAGCCACUAGCAGUCCCGAGAUUCGCCCAAUAAGUGCACGGAGCUCGAUUGCGGCGACACUGGAUGGCAACGGCGUGCAGUCGAGCACUGGGUCUCGGUCAGCCGCCUCAGUCCCUGCCUCAAGCAUGGGACGACCUGCACUUGCACCACUCUCCAUCCCCGGGAGCGUCCUAUCUCAGGAGCCACAUCGGUUGCCGCACUCGACCAACGAGGGUGAACAUCAUCCUCAACAGUCGCACCAGCAUGCCCUCACCUCACUCCCCAAGCCUCAGCAACAGCAGCCACUGCUGGAGUCGACGCUGAUGAAUCAUACCCUGAAGGAUGCGGCCUCGGCCUCUGGCAGGACGCAACACCCGGAUCGCAUGAAUGCGGCCUACACCAACGGAUCGAACUAUUCGAGCUGCCCGGAGAUGUCGGACGACGAUGAGAUUUUGGAUGAGGACCUGAAGAUCUUGAAGGACCAGCAGCGACAGGAGCUUGAGUUGAUGCGGCUGCACCAUGUUCAGCAAUGGGAAAAGAUGAUGAAGCUCAAGGAACAGAAGGGUUUGCAGGAGCGGACGCGACGCAAGAGCGAUAUCAGUGCGACCCCUCGGCCACCUUCCUCCGCGUCUACUCCUGUACAAUAG